AUGCCACUGGAAGCACGUUGGUUUAGAAUCAGUCCAAGAUUUCCUGAUGGAUUCUUCGGGCUAAGAUUUGAAGUUUAUGGUUGUUCAGUGAAAAAACAGCCCAUUCUUUACGAAGAUCCUCCAUUGGGUGUUGAAUCUAAAGAAAUCACUGACCAGCAAAUGAAUUCAUCCUCUUAUGCUGGCGAGAGUUGUAAAGCAGCAAAAGCCCGAUUAAACAUGCAAAUUUUGCAGGGGGCCUGGUGCGCAAAGCAGCCUCCCACAGCUGAAUGGCUUUCAGUGAACCUGAUUACUAGUCACGUGAUUUCGGCGGUGUCGACACAAUGCAGAUUUCCCAUGAAUCACCAUGCAGGGGGCAUAAUGUACUGUGUGACGUCAUAUCGUUUAGGAUAUAAAACUGAUGUUCAAAGUCUGCGGAAAUUCUACAUGGAGAACGGGAGUGAUAAGAAAUUUCUCGGAAAUCUCCAAAGGUAUUCUAUGGUAAAGCAUCACCUCAUCAAGCCAAUCCAGGCAAUGACAAUAAUAUUCGCCACCCUAACGAAUAUAGGUGAUAAAUUUUGUAUGCGAGUGGAACUGUACGGGAAAAAAGAAAAAAUGCUUGAUCUGCCCGUGGUAUUUUCCAGAGCUUUCCUUGUAGACACACGUAUAAACCGUCUGUUUGUUUGCAACACUGAAAUUUCAAGGCAGAGGUCUCACUGCUAUGUAACGAACGAUGGGAAAACAUGGACAGCGCUGAACUUCCAACUCCUCACCGUACUUGGUCUCGACAAAGAGGGAAAUCUUCACGGCGUUUAUCUAAAUGGAAAGAUUUUCCUCUCGUGCAGGCAAAACGGCCAAGGUGAUUGCAAUGCUGAAUCGGCUGAGAGCUGGUACCGAGUCCGGGACGAACCUGGGACUAUAACCGCGACUGAAGUACCACACAUAGCCGAGACGGGUUUGGAUCACACAGAUGUUCCCGACCGACAUACUCUCACUCUCAAAGAUGGCCUUGGCCGUUUUUGGGGAGCUUCAUCCCGAGGGAUCCACCUCUCAGCGCCAUCGGAUGAACCAGUUUGGAAACUAGUGUUAACAUGGCGGGACUACGAUUUUGAUGAGUGCGCCAGUUCAAUUUGCUUUAACAGAGGAACAUGCGUGGUGUCAAAUGGAUUUCUUUGUUUUUGCCUGAACGGUUGGACUGGACAGCGGUGUGAAACAAGUGUUGAUGAGUGUGCUUCAAAUCCUUGUCAAAAUGGAGCCACGUGCAUCGACAAACAUUUGAGCUACAAAUGUUACUGUACUAUUGGAUAUAACGGAGCGCUAUGCCAAACUGAAAAAAACGAGUGUUCAUCAAAUCCUUGUAAACACAGAGGGGUUUGUAAGGACGGAAUUGGUUCCUACACCUGUAAAUGUGCAAAUGACAGCGGGUUCACAGGAAAAAACUGCAACACAGACAUAAAUGAAUGCAUCAACAGUCCUUGCCACUCAGGAACAUGCCAAAACACGCGUGGGAGCUACAAAUGCACAUGUCCACCAGAAUGGGAGGGAGGCCAUUGCCAGAUAAAAAACUACUGCCACGAGCAUGAAUGUUUAAACGGAGCCACUUGCAAAAAUGGAAAAAAUAAUUACACCUGUCAGUGUGUCGAGGGGAGCUCUGGAAUGUACUGUGAAACUGAUAUAGUGGACGAAUGCUCAAGCAACCCAUGCUCAGAAGGGACGUGUCAAGAUCUGAUUGGACAUUACGGCUGUGUCUGUCCCUUUGACCGACAGGGAGACAGAUGUACAAAUCCUGUCAACGACUGCUUCGACAACCCUAUUGGUGUUGCCAAUCCCAACGUGAUCUCUAAUCAGCAAAUGAGAGCGUCUUCGCACUUAGAUGAAUCUCAUCAGGCCUCUCAUGGUCGGCUAAACGGGACAGGUUGGUGUGCGGGAAAUGCUAGCUCCCAGGACUGGCUCCAGAUUGAUUUCAAUCGAACAAUCGAUGUUUGUGCUGUUGCAACGCAAGGAGGUGCAGACGGCUGGAUUACCAAAUUCAGCCUGUCAUUCUCAAAUAAUGGAACACAGUGGGUGCCUUACGAACAAGAAGAUGGCUCCAUCAUGCAAUUUGACAGGUCGGGCAAAAAUAUUACAGUUGACCAACACAAGCUUCCAAAGACAGUGUCUGCGAGGCAUGUUCGCUUUAUUCCAAGUUUACAGCAUGUCUGCAAUUGCCUAAAAGUGGAGGUUUAUGGAUUCGAUGACCCCUGCUAUAAUCAUGAUGUGCUAAAUCAGGCGAAAAGGAAGAAAACCUUCGAGGGUUCAGGCGGCCAUUGUGACCGAAGUAAUUUAACAUCCGAAAAAAAAUGGUUCCGUUUUAUCGAACCAGCUGGUACUCAAAUGCCAACAGCCUGUGUUCCUCAAUCUCACUGCAAUACUAAUAGACCCGGAUGGUUGGAUGGACAUCACCCUAAUGUGACGCAAGGUGUAGUAAACAUGAGGGUGUGCUUUACUUCUGAGAACGACUGUUGUGGUGAUCGGAAAUAUAUAUCGGUCAAGAAUUGUGGCGAUUUUUUUUCAUAUGGACUGGUAAAACCAAAUAGUUGUGGACGAUAUUGUGGAGAAUAAACAUUCGCUGUGCUUUAGCAGCGAAAGAAAGAAAGCGAGACAGGGGAAGGGUGGCAAAAAUGUACUGUGAAGGGGAAGCAUCCUCCCAAAAAGAGGGUCUCAAUGGGGUGAUGGCUUUUUCUGCUAACGGUUGAACUUUAGGCCAU